AAAGCAUUGAAAAAGAAAAAGGUUGAAAGUGCCUUUUUCUUUUCCUUCUCUUUCUUCUUCUCUCUCCUCAUCCAUCCCCCUCCCUUUCUCUCUCUCCUUCCUCUCUUUCUUUCUCUUUUCUCCCCUUUCUCUUUCUGUCUGUCUGUUAAAGGGUGGUCUCCAACCUAGGUCAAUUGUGUUAAUUUUACUGAUUCUUGACCUAUCAAAUAACACAAACAUACCACGCCCUUUUCGACUGAGAUGCCACCAGAAUCAACUUACGUGGAACCUCACACCAAGAAGAACAUCAUCUCGCGCUCAGAACUCGACGCAAGAUGCAAGGCUGGCGAGAUCCUCAUCGUCGUUAACCAAAAGGUCUACAAGCUCGACAAAUGGAUCAAACAUCAUCCUGGUGGUCAAUUAGCCAUUCGCCAUUGCAUUGGCCGCGACUGUACAGACGAAGUCAAGGCUCUUCACCCUGACUAUGUGUUGGAGAAAAAAAUCAAGUACUUUGAAAUCGCAGAUUUUCUUCCCCGUGAAUCUGACCCAGAGUUCGCUCCAAUCCUCAACUCACUCCCUCGCACUAAAGAAGAGAUCUUUGAGGCACAGAGCGUUCAGGUCUCGGCUGCAUAUCGCCAAUUAGAGGCCCGUCUCCGCGCGGAACAUCUGUUCGAAACCAACUAUACCAACUAUGCCUGGGAGUUCUCGCGCUAUCUGACCCUCUUCACCAUGGCCAUUGUUCUCAACCUUUAUGGUACAUGCACGAUGCAUUACAUGGCCUCGGCUCUUUGUCUCGCCAUGUUUUGGCAUCAGAUCUCGUUUUUUGCACACGAUGCAGGCCACAAUUCCAUCACUCACAACCUACAGAUGGACAAUGGAAUUGGCAUCUUUUUGGCCGACUUUUUGGGCGGUCUGUCAAUCGGAUGGUGGAAAAAGUCGCACUAUGUUCACCACAUCGUCACUAACCACCCUAUUCAUGACCCAGAUAUCCAACAUCUGCCUUUCUUUGCCGUCACGACCAGGAUCUUCCGCGGCUUCUUCUCUUCCUACCAUCAAAAGGAAAUGGUCUUUGACCGUAUCGCCCAGUUCUUUGUCUCGUAUCAGCACUAUCUCUAUUACCCCGUCAUGAUGUUUGGACGCUUCAACCUGUACGUCCAAUCUAUGUUGUUCUUGAUCAAUGAAGAGAAUUAUCCAUAUCGCAAGCAAGAGGUUUUUGGUCUGGCCAUCUACUGGAUUUGGUAUCCUUACUUCCUAAAGCAGCUGCCCACAUGGAACAUGAUCCUUGCCUAUGUGCUCGUCUCGCAUAUGUUCACGUUCAUGCUGCAUGUUCAGAUCACGCUCUCACACUUUGGUAUGUCGACCGAAGAGUUGGGCGAUACAGAAUCUUUUGCAGCCAAGAUGCUCAGGACAACGAUGGAUGUGGAUUGUCCUACUUGGCUUGAUUGGUUCCACGGAGGCCUUCAGUUCCAGGCCAUCCACCAUUUAUUCCCCCGUAUGCCCCGCCACAACCUUCGUUCGGCCCAGCCCUUCGUUAGACAAUUUUGUGACGAAGUUGGCUUGACCUAUCACAUCCAUGGCUUUGCCAAGGGCAACCACAUUGUAUAUUCAGCGCUCAAGGAUGUUGCAGAUCAAGUAGGAUUCUUCCUCGAGGUCGCGAAGCAUGAGGCAAAUGAAUUCGUUGAGGCGCAAAGGAUUGUCCGCCCAGAUACCAAGAAAGACCAGUAA